CCGCGCUGGAGUUAAGAGGGUUUAUGGACAACUUUCUGGAAGUUCUGGAGCACACAUGAGCCUGGAAUGUGAGCACGCGGAGAUCUGGUGCGAGACUCGGUCGCCUGCGGAUGUGUAUGUGGUUUGGGGGCUGAGAUGAUGUGAGGAGCCAUGGAUUUACCAAUGAAAUGGAUCUGGUUUGGAGUAACGCUUCUCGUUCAUCUUCCACUCUAUGGAUGCUUCGAGCUCCACUUUCCGGAGAGUCUCCAGCCCGGAGCCGCGCUGCUGAACGCCUCUCUGGGUCCGGGCUGGAUUUACAGCAUAGACUGGUCUCUGACGGCCAGCUCGAUCGGACGCUGCGUGCGGAUCGGCAGCACUGAUGGAGUUGUGACUCUCGCGCGGAAAGUUCACUGCUCGCGCUUCACGAGGCUCCCGGCGCCCCUGCAUUUCAGACUAACAUCACUAUUGUCUGGGAACGCGGUGCUCAUUCAUUUCAACACGUUCAUUCACGGGCAGAACUGCUUUAGCAAACACAAAAGAAAGCCUCCAAAGCGAGAACUGGACGCUUCCAUUCAUCUCCGUUCUGGAUAUGGGACGUGCUUUAGCUCCAGUAUGUUACCUUUUAGUAUAUAUGAGCAUUUACCAGCUUUUACGUGGCAAGCUCAGAUACUUCAGGCUACUUGUAAAGAAAAACAAGAGAGGCAUGAAAAGUUUUUGAGUAAAGCCUCAGCUGGCUCUCAGCAGUGUCUGCCUCAGCAUGCCACUUUCCUCUGUACAGUGCCUAAUGCUACUUCUCUAGACAGGGUGUUAUUUCUGCAAGUGCAAUUGCAUUUCAGCUCAAACCAUGGUCAUUUUCAUAAUCAAGACUUUGGUUUGAGCAGUGAACAGUGGGUUAAACGCCUCAAAAGAAAUGCCAAUUCAGCCCCACAGUUCCAACUGCCCAACUACCAGGUUUCUGUGCCCGAGAAUGAACCCUCAGGGACCCGGGUCAUUACCCUCAAAGCAUUUGACUCAGACAAUGGUGAUGCCGGUGUCUUGGAGUACGACAUAGAAGCUCUGUUUGACAGCAGAUCCAACGACUACUUCCAAAUCAACCCUGACACAGGUGGUAUCACAACUCUGCAGCCCUUAGACAGGGAGAUGAAGGACACCCAUGUGUUCAAAGUCACAGCCACUGACAAUGGCACUCCCAGAAGGUCUGCCACAGCCUAUCUAACAAUCACAGUCAGCGACACCAAUGACCACAAGCCUGUGUUUGAGCAGACCGAGUACAGGGUCAGCAUUCGAGAAAAUGUAGAGGUUGGUUUUGAAGUCAUGACAAUCCGAGCCACUGAUGGAGAUGCUCCAUCCAAUGCCAAUAUGAUCUAUAAGAUUGUGAAUGAGGAAGAUGUGAAAUCUGUGUUCGAAAUCGACCCAAGGAAUGGUUUGGUUAGAAUUAAAGUUCGUCCAGAUAGGGAGGUCAAGUCAGAGUACCAGCUGAGAGUGGAAGCUAAUGACCAAGGCAAAGAUCCUGGUCCACAUAGUGCCACGGCCACCGUGCACAUUACCAUUGAGGACGAGAAUGAUAACUACCCACAGUUUAGUCAAAAAAGAUAUGUGGUCCAAGUUCUCGAGAAUGUGGCUGUUAACUCAGAGGUAGCACAGGUUAAGGCCACUGAUAAAGACAAUGGGGUUAACGCCAAAGUGCAUUACAGCAUAAUCAGUGGGAACGUGAAAGGCCAGUUUUACAUUCACUCUCCCACUGGUGUCAUUGACGUCAUCAACCCUCUGGAUUACGAGAUGAUAAGAGAGUAUAAUCUGCGUAUAAAGGCUCAAGAUGGUGGUAGGCCGCCUCUCAUUAAUGGCACAGGUAUGGUCGUUGUGCAAGUAGUGGAUGUGAACGAUAAUGCCCCUAUGUUUGUCAGUACACCUUUUCAGGCCUCUGUGCUGGAGAAUGUUCCAGUUGGUCACUCUGUGAUUCAUAUUCAAGCUAUUGAUGCAGAUUCAGGAGAUAAUGCUCUUUUGGAGUACAGACUCACCGACACCUCACCUGGAUUUCCUUUUGUUAUUAAUAACAGCACAGGCUGGGUAACAGUCUGCUUGGAACUGGACAGAGAGAUCACUGAGUUUUACACGUUCAGUGUUGAGGCAAGGGACCAUGGGCUUCCUGGGAUGUCAUCUUCAGCAAGCGUGAGUGUGACAGUGUUGGACGUGAAUGACAAUGUUCCCACCUUUACACAAAAAAUCUACAACCUGAAGAUCAAUGAGGAUGCUGCAGUAGGAGCCAGUGUUCUCACAGUCACAGCAGUGGACAGGGAUGUGAACAGUGUGGUGACCUACCAGAUCUCUAGUGGGAACACACGUAAUAGGUUUGCUAUCACCAGCCAGAGUGGUGGUGGACUCAUCACGUUAGCUCUUCCACUAGACUACAAACAGGAACGUCAGUAUGUCCUUACAGUGACGGCCUCGGAUGGUACACGCUUUGACAAUGCCCAGAUUUUUAUUAAUGUUACAGAUACCAACACCCAUCGUCCUGUGUUUCAGAGUGCCAACUACCAGGUGUUAGUGAGUGAGGACAAACCAGUGGGUUCCACCGUUGUGGUGAUCAGUGCCACAGAUGAAGACACUGGUGAGAAUGCACGCAUUACCUAUGUAAUGGAGGACAAUGUGCCUCAAUUUAAGAUCCACCCUGACACAGGUGCCAUCACCACUCAGAUUGAAAUUGACUAUGAAGACCAAGCCUCCUACACUUUAGCUAUUAUUGCGCGUGACAAUGGCAUCCCUCAGAAAUCUGACACCACCUAUGUGGAGAUCAUUGUCCUUGAUGCCAAUGACAAUGCACCACAGUUUUUGAGAGACAUCUACCAGGGUACUGUGUUUGAGGAUGCACCUGUAUACACAAGUGUCCUUCAAGUGUCUGCCUCAGACAGGGAUUCAGGGUCCAAUGGCAGGGUGAGUUAUACUUUUCAGGGAGGAGAUGAUGGCGAGGGUGAUUUCUUUAUUGAACCAUACUCAGGAAUAAUUAGAACAGCUAGGAAAUUGGAUAGGGAGAAUGUAGCUCUAUACAACCUGAAAGCUUUCGCAGUGGACAAAGGUGUUCCCCCUCUAAAAGCUACAGUGGAUGUUCAGGUGACAGUGCUAGAUAUUAACGAUAAUGCUCCUGUGUUUGAAAAGGAUGAGUUGUACAUCUAUGUGGAGGAAAACAGUGCAGUAGGCUCUACUUUGGCUCGCAUCAGUGCUACAGAUCCUGAUGAGGGAACCAAUGCUCAGAUCUUGUACCAGAUUGUGGAGGGUAAUGUUCCUGAGGUCUUCCAACUAGACAUUUUUAGUGGGGACCUUAUUGCCCUCUCUGACCUGGACUAUGAAGCCAAGAUGGAGUACCUGAUUGUUGUCCAGGCCACCUCAGCCCCACUGGUCAGUCGGGCUAUUGUUCAUGUUCGCCUUGUGGACGUCAAUGACAAUUACCCUGUUUUGCAGGAUUUUGAGAUCAUUUUCAACAAUUACGUCACUAAUAAGUCAAAGAGCUUCCCAGCAGACGUCAUUGGGAAGGUGCCCGCUCAUGACCCGGAUGUGUCGGAUAAGCUUCUCUACACGUUUGUGGAGGGGAAUGAGCUGAGCUUGCUGAUUUUGAACCAGAACACAGGGGAGCUGAAGCUGAGUAAGGACCUGGACAACAACAGACCACUGGAGGCCACCAUGAGAGUGACUGUGUCAGAUGGCCUACAUCAAGUCUCUGCCCUCUGCACACUCCGGGUCACUAUCAUCACAGACGACAUGCUGACCAACAGCAUCACGGUGCGUCUGGAGAACAUGUCUCAGGAGCAUUUCCUGUCUCCUCUGCUGGGCCUGUUCGCUGAGGGUGUGGCCGCCGUGCUGUCCACCAGCCGCGAGGGCGUUUUUGUCUUCAACAUCCAGAACGACACAGACGUUGGUGCUCCUAUUCUCAAUGUCACUUUCUCAGCCCAGCAGCCCGGAGGCACCCUGGGGCGUUUCUUCCCCACCGAGGAGCUGCAGGAGCAAAUGUACCUGAACCGCACUCUACUGAGGCUCAUAUCCACGCAGCAUGUGCUGCCCUUCGAUGACAACAUCUGCCUGCGUGAGCCCUGUGAGAACUACAUGAAGUGUGUUUCAGUGCUGAAGUUUGACAGCUCUGCUCCCUUCGUGGCCUCCAGCACACUGCUGUUCAGGCCUAUACACCCGGUGAAUGGUCUGCGGUGCCGCUGUCCUGACGGCUUCACCGGAGACUACUGUGAGACAGAGAUAGACCUGUGCUAUUCUUCACCAUGCAAAAACAACGGCCUGUGCCGGAGCCGUGAAGGGGGAUACACCUGUGAGUGCCUGGAGGAUUUUACAGGAGAGCACUGUGAGGUGAAUUCCCGCUCUGGCCGCUGUGUGUCUGGUGUGUGUAAGAAUGGGGGCAGCUGUGUGGACCUGCUGGUGGGGGGGUUUAUGUGCCAGUGUCCUGAGGGAGAGUUUGAGAAGCCCUACUGUCAGAUGACCACACGCAGCUUCCCUGGGCACGCCUUCGUCACGUUCAGGGGCCUCAGACAGAGGUUUCACUUCACCCUGUCCUUCAUGUUUGCCACAAGAGAGAGAAAUGCACUUUUACUGUAUAAUGGCAGAUUUAAUGAGAAGCAUGACUUCAUUGCUGUGGAGAUCGUAGACGAGCAGAUCCAACUCACCUUUUCAGCUGGAGAGAGUAAGACUACAGUGUCGCCGUUUGCAGCUGCAGGAGUGAGUGAUGGACAGUGGCACACAGUGUGGCUGCACUAUUACAACAAGCCCAAUAUUGGACGUCUUGGCCUCCCGCAUGGUCCAUCAGAAGAGAAGGUGGCUGUGGUUGCCGUGGAUGACUGUGAUGUUGCCCUGGCUGUGCGCUUUGGUGGUCAGAUCGGAAACUAUACCUGUGCAGCUCGGGGAACCCAAACAGGCAAGAAGAAGUCUCUGGACCUCACUGGGCCUCUUCUGCUUGGUGGAGUUCCUGACCUGCCGGAGGAUUUCCCAAUACGUAAUCGUGACUUUGUGGGUUGCAUGAGGAACCUUAUCAUUGAUAGCAAACCUUUAGACAUGGCAACCUUUAUUGCCAAUAACGGCACUGCUGCAGGCUGUCCGGCGAAGAGUGACUUUUGCAGCAGGAGUGUGUGUCACAACGGAGGGGUGUGUGUGAACAAGUGGAACACACAUGCCUGUAGCUGCCCCCUCGGCUACGGGGGAAAGAACUGUGAACAUGCAAUGACCUCACCCCUGCACUUUGAUGGCAAUGGCAUGGUUUCAUGGAGUGAACCGGACAUCACAAUAGCAAUCCCGUGGUACAUAGGCCUGAUGUUUCGCACCCGUAAGAAUGCUGGCACUCUGCUUCAGGCCAGUGCUGGAGAGCUGUCCAGAUUCAACCUGCUGAUCAGUAACAGACACCUGCGUUUCCAGGUGUUUCUGGGCACUCGGCGGAUGGCUCUGCUGGAGUUUCCCCAAGUGCGUGUCAACGAUGGCGCAUGGCAUCACGUCCUGGUGGAGCUGAAGAGUGGGAAAGAUGGGAAAGACAUAAAGUACAUGGCCCUGGUGUCUCUGGACUAUGGCAUGUUCCAGAAAACAGUGGAGAUUGGGAACGAGCUGCCAGGUCUGAAGGUGAGGGGGCUGUGGAUGGGUGGACUGAUGAAGAAAGACGGCUCUGUGCUUAACGGCUUCAACGGCUGCAUGCAGGGUGUACGGAUGGGAGAAACCUCCACCAACACGGUGAACAUUAACGUUCGUCAGGCUCAGAGAGUGCACGUGAGGGAUGGCUGUGACAUGGCCAAUGCGUGUGUGUCUAACAUGUGUCCUGUACACAGCCGCUGCACCGACAACUGGGCCUCACACUCCUGCAUUUGUGAGCCAGGUUACUUUGGGCGAGACUGUGUGGAUGCGUGUCUGCUGAACCCGUGUGAACACAUCUCCAGCUGCAAACGCAAACCGGCCAGCAAACACGGCUACACCUGCGAGUGUGGACGCAACUACUAUGGGCAAUACUGCGAGCACAGAGGAGACCAGCCGUGUGCUCGAGGAUGGUGGGGCUACCCAAACUGCGGCCCAUGCAACUGUGAUGUCAACAAAGGCUUCAAAAGGGACUGUAAUAAGACUACUGGCGUGUGCAGCUGCAAGGAUAAUUUCUACCGCCCGCCUGGCAGUGACACCUGCUAUCCCUGUGAGUGUUUCCACCUCGGCUCCCAGAAUCGAACCUGUGACCUACUGACCGGCCAGUGCCCCUGUAAGAUGGGAGUGGUGGGACGGCAGUGUAACCGCUGUGAUAAUCCUUUUGCUGAGGUGACUGCCAGCGGCUGUGUGGUGGUUUAUGAUGGCUGCCCCAAGGCCUUUGAUGUAGGCAUCUGGUGGCCUAAGACUAUGUUUGGUGGCCCUGCAGCGAUGAACUGUCCCAAAGGAUCCAGUGGCACAGCUGUGCGCCACUGCAGUGAUGAGCACGGCUGGCUUCCUCCAGAGCUCUUCAACUGCACCUCCCACAGCUUUGCCAAGCUCAGGAAAGAGGUGGAGGAGCUGAAUGGUAACUCUUCCAGGCUGGAUGGGGAACGGUCUAAAAGUCUGGCUGCUACACUGCAGUCUGCCACCAAACACACGCAGCAUCUGUACGGGAGUGAUGUGAGGACAGCCUAUCAGCUGAUGAGCAGCAUCCUGCAGCGAGAGAGUCUGCAGCAGGGCUUCAACCUGUCCGCUACACACGACUCCUCUUUCAACAUGAACAUCGUAAAAGCGAGCAGUUCCAUCCUGGACCCUGAGAAUAAGGGUCACUGGGAGCAGAUUCAGCAGUCUGAUGGGGGUGUUGGCUUUCUGCUGCGUCAGUUUGAAGAGUAUGGCACCACCUUGGUGCAGAACAUGAGGAAGACCUACCUGAAACCUUUCACCAUCGUCACUGACAACAUGAUUGUUUCAGUGGACUUCCUGGACUCCUCCACUCCAGACCAGUCUGAACUUCCCCGCUUUAAAGACAUCUACGAGGUCUAUUCCAAAGAACUGGAGUCUUCUGUGCACUUCCCAGACAUGUUUAUUAAGCCACCAGAAUACACAGAUGUUGCCCCCACAGAGCCCCCUGUACUCCCUGUGAGUGAUCCUCCCAGCUCGUUUGUAGGUCCUGAGGGCACACAUCCUCAUAAUCUCACAAGUCCUGCACCCUCCGCUAAGAAAAGACGCCAUGUUGAGCUUCCUGAUCUUCCGUCUGUUGGCAUGGUGAUCAUCUACCGGUCUCUGGGCCAGCUUCUGCCUGAAAACUACGACCCAGACCGACGCAGUCUCAGACUGCCCACUCGUCCAGUCAUCAACAGCCCUGUGGUGAGUGUGGUGGCCUACAAAGAAGGAGACUCCAUCUCUGCUCCUCUGCAGAGACCCAUUACACUGACUUUCAGACUGCUGGAGACACAGGAAAGAACAAAACCUGUGUGUGUUUACUGGAAUCACUCAAUUCUGGCGAGUGGCUCGGGGGCCUGGUCUUCUAAAGGCUGUGAGCUGAUCUUCAGGAACUCCACUCACAUCAGCUGCCAGUGUAACCACAUGACCAGCUUUGCCGUGCUGAUGGACAUCUCCAAACGAGAGCAUGGCGAUGUUUUACCGCUGAAGGUUGUGACCUACACCACUGUCUCCGCCUCUCUGGUGGCCCUCCUCAUAACCUUCCUCCUGCUGGCUAUUCUCCGCAAACUACGCUCAAACCUGCACAGCAUCCACAAGAACCUGGUGGCAGCCAUCUUCCUCUCUGAGCUCAUCUUCCUUGCUGGCAUCAACCAGACUGACAACCCGUUUGUGUGUACAGUGGUGGCUAUUCUGCUGCACUACUCCUAUAUGUGUACAUUUGCCUGGAUGUUUGUGGAGGGGCUGCAUAUUUACCGCAUGCUGACUGAGAUGCGCAACAUCAACCAAGGCCACAUGCGAUUCUACUACGCCAUCGGCUGGGGCAUUCCUGCCAUUAUCACAGGUCUAGCUGUGGGUUUGGAUCCUCAGGGUUAUGGAAAUCCUGAUUUCUGUUGGCUCUCUGUUUACGACACAAUUAUCUGGAGCAUCACAGGACCCAUCAUCUUUGUAGUGCUGAUAAACAUCACUAUAUUUGUGCUGGCAGCAAAAGCCUCUUGUGGACGAAGACAGAGAACGUUUGAGAAGUCUGGAGCAAUCUCUGCUCUGCGUGUGGCCUUCCUGCUCCUGCUGCUUAUCAGCGCCACCUGGCUGCUGGGCCUGAUGGCUGUCAACAGUGAUGUUCUCACCUUUCACUAUUUGUUCGCUAUCAUCAGUUGCAUACAGGGCAUUUGCAUCUUCUUUUUCCACUGCAUCCUCAACAAAGACGUAAGAAAAAACCUAAAGAGCGUCUUCACAGGGAAGAAAGGGGCAGCAGAGGAACCCAGCACCACACGGGCCACCCUGCUGACUCGUUCUCUGAAUGGUAACACAAAUAUAGAGGAUGGCUGCCUGUACCGGACGCCCAUCGGAGAGUCCACUGUGUCGCUGGAGAGCUCAGUCAGAUCAGGGAAAAGCCACAGCAGCAACUACCUCGCCUACACACUCCGGGGGGAGCAGAAGCGAAGUGUGCCCUCCAGUGGCAGGAAAUCACGAAGCAAUGAGGGAGACCCUUCUUUGUACUACAGAAAAAGCAAGAGAAGAGCAGAUUCAGAUUCAGACAGUGAGCUCUCAGUGGAUGAGCACAGCAGCUCGUAUGCUUCCUCUCACUCAUCCGACAGCGAAGCAGAGAAAAGGAGCUCUAAGCCUAAGUGGAAUAAUGAGAGGAGUCCUGUUCACAGCACUCCCAAAGUUGAUUCUGUAUCCAAUCACACAAAGCCUUACUGGCCGGUGGAGCCCCCCACAGCCAGUGAAAGUGAGGGCACUGGUGGUCCAGAAAAACUGAAGGUGGAGACCAAAGCCAAUGUGGAGCUGCAUGAGACCAGUAAACUCAGUCCCAAUGGAGAGCUUUCUCAGAGUGAAGGCCCACCCAGCCAGCCCAGCAGCAACCAGCUGCCCCGGAGAGGUAUUUUAAAAAACAAAAUAAUUUACCCUCCUCCACUGACUGACAAGAACAUGAAGAACCGAUUACGGGAGAAGCUGAGUGACUAUAACCCCCCUACCCCCACCAUCCAGUGUAAAAGUCCAUCUGAGGGUUCUAAUGAAGGCCUUUGUGCCGUCACAGAGAAUAACGGCAUCGUUAUCAAACCCCCAGCUCUCACCCUCACAACCACUCUCAACGGGGUCACCAUGGGGCUCGGCACAGGCCCCGCCCUCGCAACUGAGGAGACAGACUCUGAUGGAAGCAAUGAAACCUCAAUCUGAAGGAGCUCUGUGAUUACUCUCUCACUGAUGGGUGUAGCAGCAGAGAUGUAGCUGUUGAAGAUCUAUGUUUGGGUGGAGGACAGUCACUGCCUGCAGAGCACUCCUACACUCCUAUGGAGAACGGGAUCGUCACAGAACUGGCUCCUGUGUGCACUGGAAAAAAGGGAACUGUGUGUAAAUUGUUACUUUAGAUGCUGGGAAGCUGACUACUACAUAUCGCAGCAUGCCAUAAACAAGAACACAUGACCAGGAUGCAUGGAACAAGGACUAAUGUUUGGCGUAACCCUGUUGCAGUGUAGUUCAUUCAAGGUUAAGUACCCCAGUUGGUGACAGUUCACAGUAAGGAAAUAUUUUUUGAUGUGUGACACACUCCAGCUGUGCCUGUGAAAUCCCUCGCUUAGACUUUAUCAGUCUAAAAAUGAUGGCGUUUGAAGUGUAAGUAAUAUGUACAGAAGCUCUUUUUGUAUUUUAGAUGUUAAUAGAAAUGUGUAAAAUGAGUUGUAAUUAGCCCUUGUAACAAAAAUUGCCAAUAAUGAAUGUUUACCUUUGUUUACUGUUACAUUUUUAAUCAAGUAUUUUUGAAUGUGUGUAUGAAAGGUGUGUGACUGUGCCAGUGUUCAGCCUUUAGCUUAAUGAAGGAGUUUUCCAUCCCAAUAUCAGUCAAAAAUAUACUGUGAUACUCUAUUAUGUUAGAUAUUUUUGUACAGUGGACGCCAGACAGUGUUUUAAUGUUUAUUAAAUUAAAUGAGCAUGCCUUAAUUUCUCAUUCACUACCUAAGUACUAUAGAGAAAUACUGUUAAUGUUAUACAGGUUAUAAUGUAUAAUCCUCAGUUUUCUUACUGGGCUCUGCUGAACACUAAGCGACAAAAUAACAUCUAAUAUACUGAAUCAGGGACUGUUUGUUAUGUUUGAUUUUGCUUUCUGUGAUUUUUCAUACAAUGGCCAAAUGGUAGAUAUAUGGUAAUAGGUAGUCAGUACAUGUUAGAAACAUGUUGUAGUUGUUUAUACUGCAUUUUAUCAAGCGAUUGGCCAAAUCUUAAAGGACAAUAGGAGUAAAAUGCAAGUUUAGCCAUCAACACUUGCUGUUAGCAUGCCUAUUCUACAGUGGUCUAAGUUGUGGGAGGGGGGUGGGGGGUUGUAGUCAUUUAUCCUGAUGGUGGACAGAACUGUGUAUGUUUUUCUCUCACUGUCUGGAUAAGGCUAAUGAAAGCCUGUUGGUUACUGCUUGAAGACUGAAUAUCAAGACUGUAUGUAUGAGCCUCUGCAACCAUGGCUAUGUUAUAAGGCAAGUUGACUUGGGGUAAUCUCUAUGUUGGUAUGAGGUACAGUAUUUGGAUAACUGCAUGCUGUGUGUUGUUGUGAUAAAACAUUGAUUAAAACACAAGAAGGAUACAAUUAUGUGUAACAAAACAUUACACAACAUGAAAUGCUAUUGCUAAAAAUUGGAAAGCCCUCUGAAAGAACACCUGCUUGCUAUAAUAAAUUACUUUCCUUAAGGUAAAACCAAAAGAGCUCUGCUCCUGAAUCCAACAGUGCUAGCUCAUUGUCUUCUCAUUGUUUUUUCAGCUAAUGCUAAUGCUAAAAAAAAAGAUUGCCCAACAUUAAAUUUUUUUGAACGUGAAAACAUUAAUUGAGAUGCUGCACCCAGUAGAAACUAAACAGAAUCACAGAAUUGUUUCAAUGUGAAGUAACUAAAUAAAGUGGAAAUUUCUGAAAUGUCCGUUUUUUGUAAUGACAUCUGCUUUUAGCUCAGUCGGCUUUUUCCCUUUGCCUGUUAACAGUCAGACACACUGGACAUGCACUUGAAGACUAUGAAUUAAUAUCUUUUGGCACUGAAAUAACCCCCCUGUAAAUAAAUGGACUUUAGAAUGGUUUUAUAAA